AUGUCACUCAACCCAAUUCUAGUGGUUGAGAUCUUUGAUGUCUGGGGCAUUGAUUUUAUGAGCCCAUUUCCAAAUUCAUUUGGGAAUUUAUACAUUUUGCUGGCUAUUGAUUAUGUCUCUAAGUGGAUCGAAGCCAUCUCUUGCAAGUCCAAUGACCAUAUUGUGGUUGUCAAGUUCCUCAAGGAGAAUAUUUUAUCCCAUUUCGAUAGACCCCGUGCUAUCAUUGGUGAUGGAGGAAAGCAUUUUUGCAACCGACCUUUUGAGACUCUCAUGAAAAAGUAUGGGAUCACCCACAAACUGGCUACACCUUACCACCCUCAAACCAGUGGCCAAGUGGAGGUAUCUAAUAGACAAAUCAAGCAAAUAUUGGAGAAAACUAUCAAGCCAAAUCGCAAGGAUUGGUCCCUUAGCAUUGUGGACGCCUUGUGGGCCCAUAGAACUGCGUUCAAGACUGAUCUUGGACAAUCCCCUUACUGCCUUGGGUAUGAAAAGGUUUGUCACCUUCCUAUUGAGCUAGAACAUAGAGCAUUUUGGGCAAUCCAAAAGCUGAAUUUUGAUUUGCCCACUACCGGUUCCCAUAGAAAACUCCAACUACUUGAGUUGGAGGAGGUCCAUAAUGAUGCCUAUGAGGAUGCAUGGAUCUAUAAGGCAAAGACCAAGGCCUUUCAUGACCAAAAGAUUCUUAGGAAAGUUUUCAUAGUAGGUGAUAAGGUGCUUCUCUACAAUUCCCACUUAAAUUUAUUUCUAGGGAAGCUGCGAUCCCAAUGGGAUGGCCUAUGCAUUGUACAAUAG